AGUUCUAAUGGAAGAAUUUCACUGUACAUACGGGUCAUGGCGCUGUCAAAUGCAACACCUCGCUCAGCAAAUUUAUCCUCCAAGACAGUACUCUGUACUCACUUGACAGCUGCUCCAUGGGUAGCGAGCGUCUCCAGGGACGCGGAGAGCGCAGAGGACAUCGUCGAUGUCGUUCUACCCAGGCCAGGGUGGCGGGACAGGAGGACCUUCGGUGGGCCGCGCGCACGGCACCAUCGCCAUACUUAUUGUUCCACGCCCACUUUCCGCUUAUCUGACACUCGCUUCCGAGAUGAAGAUGGGGCGCCGGGGAGCGCUCGAAGAAUCCGGGCUAGGAGAGGUACGCAUGGUGCGCGCAACUCCGCGAUCCUUUGGGGGCUCAGUCCCCGUGCUUCCGGAAGCUUUGUGCGGAACCACCAUGCAGUGCGGCUUCGCCGUUGCCCGAGGAUUGAGUACCUGGAUAGAGGCGGGCAGUGUCCCCGCGCGUACACCGUGGGCAGACCGAGCGUACAGUGGGCAAAAGAGGCGGUACCGAUCUGACCUCGAGGUAGGUACACAGCCCUCGACUGACCGCCUACCACGUACACGAGUAUUUGCCUCUUUUGGGAAGGCGUGCGGGCGGAUCAGCAGAAUAGCCCGGAGGCAAUGUUGGAGCGACGGAGCCAAAAAAGACCUGGGACCGAACGCCAUAUGGAGGGGAUCAGAGAUCGAUGUUCAUGCCCUGUGGUGCCGCCGUUUAGGGAUGUUACUUUGUGGACGGUCCGACGCCGAGAAUCUCGGACGGCCUACGGACGCAGCUAGACAAAAGGAUAGCUUAAGACUGAGUCUGGGCCAGGGGGCGCCGGUGUCAUAAGUGGCUCGAGUAUUUGAGAGAUGUCGCAACCAAGCCUUCUGACAGCGAGCGGUCGGAUGGGAGGUGGCAGCGUCACAAUUGAAUUGGGGGCGAGCCGCUCUUUCCCCGGAGAUGAAGGCACAUCUACAAUAAGCAGGGGAGCCGGUGAGCCUCAAGGCCGCAUGAGAAAGAAGUGCAGCGACGUGAAGUCGAGAUAAAGAAACGAACAGUGUGGACCGCUGUGGGGACAAAACCACACUCGCAUGCGUCCCGAAGCCCGGGGGGCAUGCGAGCGGCCGGAUUCGGAUAGGAUAGAUGAUUAGUGCUUUGCACAUGUCCUGGCGAAGGCGAACAUCAUGGCCUGAAAGUAUGGAGUAUGUAGUCAGUAAGGAUCAUCACAUCAACGGCUGGUAGCUUCGACAGGGUAGUCGUU